GUGGGGGCAGUGGCCGGCGAGGGGGUGUGGGGGCUCGCAGCCCGGUUCGGACGCCGGGGCGGACCAACGGGCCGGUCGAGGCGAGGCGGGCCCGUGGAGACGCUGCCGGAGAGCACAGUAGGCAGGACCCCGCGCCCGGCCUCGGCGCCCACCCUUCCCGGAGCCCCCGGGGAAGCCCCCCCCGCACAGCGCGCGUCGGCCGCCGGGACCGGCCGGAGAACUCGAGGGAAUUACUGCGUUUGUACAGUACCAGCCGGCCUGUACCAGAGGGAAGCGUCUGCACCUGCACCUGGUCUCAAAGCUGUUUUACUAGCGACGGUCACAUCUCACCACUGAAAAUGUUGUUUUCCCUGUGUACCAGGAUGGCACAAACAUUGCAGCUACGAUACUCAACUUAAAAAAAAAAUUGAGUUGCGAAAUACAGAGGAUGACAGCAUGGAGCAGAAAUCCCAGGAUGGUAGAAGAGGCCCCCCAAAGAGAGAAGUGCCCCCCAUGGUGGGGCUGCUGCUUGCAAUGGCCCUCAUGAACGUGAUGCUCUACUUCGGCCUGGACUGGUUCUUCCUUUCCCCUCAACGCUCUGAGGUGGACGCCAGUCAGUGUCCCCCUGGUUCCUUCAGAAUGGGACAGAUGAGAAACUGCUCGCCCUGGCUGUCCUGUGCGGAGCUGAAGACAGAAGUGAGACAGCUGAAGCGUGUGGGGGAAGGAGCUGUGAAGAGGGUCUUUCUGUCAGAGUGGAAGGAACGCAAAGUUGCUCUCUCACGCCUCACCAGUCUGGAAAUGCAAGAGGAUUUCCUGCACGGACUUCAGAUGCUCAAAUCUCUACAGAGCAAACAUGUUGUCACACUGCUUGGCUACUGUGAGGAAGACAACACUGUUCUCACUGAGUACCACCCCUUAGGCUCCUUGAGCAACUUGGAAGAGACUCUGAACCUUCCCAAGUACCAGCACAUGAACACGUGGCCGCAGCGACUGCAACUGGCCAUCGCUUACGUGAGUAUCAUUGACUACCUGCACCACAGCCCCGUGGGCACUCGGGUAAUGUGUGACUCCAAUGAUUUGCCCAAAACGCUGUCCCAGUAUUUGCUGACCAGUAACUUCAGCAUCGUCGCCAACGACCUAGACGCCCUGCCCCUGGUGAACCACAGCUCCGGGACACUGGUGAAGUGUGGCCACAGGCAGCUCCACGGAGACUUUGUGGCCCCAGAGCAGCUGUGGCCCCAUGGGGAAAAUGUGCCUUUUCAGGAUGACCUCAUGCCUCCGUAUGACGAGAAGGUUGAUAUUUGGAAGAUUCCAGAUGUCUCAAGUUUCCUUUUGGGACACGUUGAAGGGAGUGAUAUGGUCCGCUUCCAUUUGUUUGAUAUUCAUAAGGCAUGUAAGAGCCAGACUCCCGCAGAAAGGCCCACUGCUCAGGCUGUGCUGGAUACUUACCACAAGGUUUUGAGUUCACUUAGAGAGACUUUAGUGCCUCAGACAAGAGAAAUGCUCUAAAAUCCAGUCCUGUGAGUGAUAGGCAAGGAUGAAGUUAAGAGAACAGGUAGAAUCAUUGCAGGAACUCUGCUUCCUUAGUGUUUCUGCGUCCUGCCUCUCCUGGUGAUCCAGGCAGACAGAAGGUGCUAAGUUAGAGCAAACAACUGGAUUGAAUCUCCCACCAAUCACUCCCAGGUGCAGAUGUGGACAAAUUGAACCCAACCAAUCUGUGAAGGAAGUUUCUCAGUUUCCACAGAGACUUCACCUACCUGAAUAAUUCAUCUUGUAAGCUAGUGAGUCCUGUAUAUAGAGAAGCUCUUUAAGUAGCUAUCAAUAAAGUGUGAUUGAUUCUCCAACGUA